CGUCAUCGCCCAGGGGGCGGGGCCAGGGCGGCGUUCGGGGUCGCGGAGGCUGCUGCUGCGCCCGCCCUCCCGUCGGGCCCCCUCGCCGGCUCACGAUCUUCUUUGCUCAUCUCUCCCGGCUGCAUCCCGACGAAGAUGGCAACCGAUGGGCUGCACGAGAACGAGACGCUGGCGUCGCUGAAGAGUGAGGCCGAGAGCCUCAAGAGCAAGCUGGAGGAGGAGCGGGCAAAGCUGCAUGACGUGGAGCUGCACCAGGUGGCCGAGCGGGUGGAGGCCGUGGGCCAGUUUGUCAUGAAGACCAGAAGGACCCUCAAAGGCCACGGGAACAAGGUCCUGUGCAUGGACUGGUGCAAAGACAAGCGGAGGAUUGUGAGCUCCUCACAGGAUGGGAAGGUGAUUGUGUGGGAUUCCUUCACCACCAACAAGGAGCAUGCGGUCACCAUGCCCUGCACGUGGGUGAUGGCUUGCGCUUACGCGCCAUCGGGAUGUGCCAUCGCUUGUGGUGGGCUGGAUAAUAAGUGUUCCGUGUAUCCACUGACAUUUGACAAAAAUGAGAACAUGGCCGCCAAGAAGAAGUCUGUCGCUAUGCACACCAACUACCUGUCUGCUUGCAGCUUCACCAACUCAGACAUGCAGAUCCUGACAGCCAGUGGUGACGGGACGUGCGCCCUGUGGGACGUAGAGAGCGGACAGCUGCUGCAGAGCUUCCAUGGCCACGGGGCUGAUGUGCUCUGCUUGGACCUGGCCCCCUCGGAGACCGGGAACACCUUUGUGUCUGGGGGUUGUGACAAGAAGGCGAUGGUGUGGGACAUGCGCUCUGGCCAGUGCGUGCAAGCCUUUGAAACUCAUGAAUCUGAUGUCAACAGUGUCCGAUACUACCCCAGUGGAGACGCUUUUGCUUCCGGGUCAGAUGAUGCAACGUGUCGCCUCUAUGACCUGCGGGCAGAUAGAGAGGUUGCCAUCUACUCCAAGGAGAGUAUCAUCUUUGGAGCAUCGAGCGUGGACUUCUCCCUCAGUGGCCGUCUGCUCUUUGCUGGGUACAAUGACUAUACCAUCAAUGUCUGGGAUGUCCUCAAGGGCUCCCGGGUCUCCAUCCUAUUUGGACAUGAAAACCGUGUCAGCACUCUGCGAGUCUCUCCUGAUGGGACAGCGUUCUGCUCAGGAUCCUGGGAUCACACCCUAAGAGUUUGGGCAUAAUCCUCCCACAGCUCGGAAGAACGCGUGUCCUUCCAGGCAGAUUCGACUUCUAGACAAGCCCAGGAGCCCAGGGCAACCUCACAGCUCGGCACUCACUCACCCAUGUCACCGUGAAAUCCGCCCCUUCCCUGGAGAAGUACCCAUGUCGGCCUUGGCACUUCAACUGUACCGUCACAUCCUUGUUCCGUCUCACGUGCUUUGUGAAGUCUGUCUGGUUCUGAAGUUAUUCCGACCGGUAGAAUUCCACCUUUAUCAUCAUUUAAAAUGUCCCUCACGACUCCCUCAAAUCCAGUCUGUCUUCAGAGCACUUUAGACUCUACCUUUUCUUGGUGUGGCCUGUGGCUUCUAGCCUGUGGACGUGCCAGCUCUAUGGACUGCGAGAAUGACUAUUUGUUGGUCUGCAGUAGAAGAAAAUUCCAGUUCCAAAUGGGAUUGCAUAGAACCACUUUUUAAAAAAUGUCUUUAUGUAAAAGUCUCUUUUUUCAACCUGUUCAGUGUGGGGUUUUUUUUUUUUUUUUUUUUUUUAGAUAAAAAAUGUUUGGUUUGGUUUGGUUUGGUUUUCUGGGCGAGGCUUUAGAAAUGAGGCGGACACAUGCAGAAAGCAGGCCAUAUGUGUGGCUUGUGAUAAAUGGCAGUCUAGGGCAGAACAGUCCCUAGCAUUUGAGGAGAAAACUGAUUGCCAUGUAUAGCACAAAUACUGCUGAGAGCAAACAGAGCCUUCUGGUGUGGGAAGGCAGGUCACUGAGUUGAUUUAAAAGCUUGCUAGAAUUGUCAGAAAUGCCUAAGGUAAAAAUGCCUAAGAGAUUCACAUGCCCUGCAGGGCCCCAUGUACUUACACAGGCUGACGGGCAGGCCAUGAAUAAUAAUGUCUUUGCUAUCAAA